CCCUUAGUGGUUACAGUGGCUGCAACUGAUGCAGAUGAAGGUCUAAAUGGCGACGUGACUUAUGAAUUAAGUCGUAUUUUGGAAACAGGUAGAAGAGUAUUUGCUUUAAAUCACAACACAGGAGAAAUUAAAAUAAUAGGGCCUUUGGAUUUCGAAAAAGAGUCAAUAUAUGAAAUGCGCGUAGAUGCCAAAGAUGGAUAUGGGCUAACCCCAGAUUCCAAAGUGAUAAUUGAAAUCUCAGAUGUAAACGACAACCCACCUGGAAUCAAUUUAAAAUCAUUGACCAACACAAUACCUGAGAACGUGUCACCUGGUACAGAGGUGGGCAUCAUUAACGUGCAGGACAGAGACUCUGAGAAUAACAGACAGGUCCGCUGCUCCAUUCAGCAAAACGUCCCUUUUAAGUUGAUCCCUUCUAUUAAAAAAUAUUAUUCUCUGCUGACCACAGGACAACUGGACCGUAAACUAGUGUCUGAUUACAACAUUACAAUCACUGCCACUGACGAGGGCUCUCCACCUCUGUCCUCCUCUAAAACUGUUCAGUUAUCUGUAGCAGACAUCAACGACAACCCACCUGUGUUUGAGGAACAGUCGUACAGCGCAUAUGUGACUGAAAAUAACAAACCUGGCUCCACUUUAUGUUCCGUUACUGCUCGAGACCCCGACUGGAGACAAAACGGUACAGUGAUUUAUUCUCUGUUACCCGGUGAGGUGAACGGUGGCCCGGUGUCCUCCUAUCUGUCUGUUAACGGAGACACGGGGGUGAUCCACGCUGUGAGGUUGUUUGAUUAUGAACAGUUCAGGAGUUUUAGAGUCCACGUGAUGGCCAGAGACAACGGUUCUCCUCCGCUCAGCAGCAACGUGACCAUCAGUGUCUUCAUAUCGGAUGUGAACGACAACUCUCCUCAGAUACUGUACCCCGCCCCGGAGGGCAACUCCUUCAUGACCGAGCUGGUCCCCAAAGCUGCACACGGAGGCUCUCUGGUGUCCAAAGUGAUAGCGGUGGACGCGGACUCCGGACAGAACGCCUGGCUGUCCUAUCACAUAGUCAAAUCCACUGAUCCGGGACUUUUCACUAUUGGUCUCCACAGCGGAGAGAUCAGGACACAGCGGGACAUUUCUGAGUCUGACAACAUGAAACAGAACCUUAUUGUGUCAGUGAAAGAUAACGGACAGCCCUCCCUCUCUGCCACCUGUUCCAUGUAUUUACUUAUUUCUGAUAACUUGGCGGAGGUGCCGGAACUGAAGGAUAUUUCUUACGAUGAGAAGAACUCCAAACUGACCUCUUAUCUGAUCAUCGCGCUGGUGUCUGUGUCCACCUUUUUUCUGACCUUCAUCAUCAUCAUCCUGGGUGUGAGGUUUUGUCGCAGGAGAAAGCCCAGACUGUUGUUAGAUGGAGCAGUUGCCAUCCCCAGCGCUUAUCUCCCUCCUAAUUACGCAGAUGUUGAAGGCACAGGAACUUUACGCAGUGCUUACAAUUAUGACGCCUACCUGACAACAGGUUCUAGAACCAGUGACUUUAAGUUCGUGACGUCUUACAAUGACAACACACUGCCUGCUGACCAGACUCUGAGGAAAAGUCCAUCAGACUUUGCUGACUCAUUUGAAGAUUUAGAGCCGUCUGUAGAGGUAGGAACCGUUCAACGUACUUCACGGCUCACAAUGCGUUUUUGA